GAUGAUGAAGCUCCACUUCUGAGCGACUUCCAGUCCGCUCCGCACAGCCGGAGCCGCCGGAGCAGCAGGAGCAGCCUUCCUCCCCUCCUCUUCCUCCUCCUCCCUUUUCUCCUCCCCCGCUGCUGUGUCAAAAGAUUAACAGACCCCCACACUGCAGGGAGGCGACAGCAUUCGCAGAUCCGGAUCCAGAUCGAGCCUCUGCAGGGAAAAAAAAACCCCAAAACCAGGAGCGUAUAGAACCGAGCCGAACCGGGAAGGAAGACAUCUGCGCUGAAAACGAGGGGGAAAUCUUUUAACUAUGAGACGAGUUUUUGUUUUUAAUUCUUCAGCACCUUCAUCGCGGGGCUCCUCGGUGGAGCUUCUCCCGGAGCGUCAGCGGCCAAAGACCCGGACAGUGACACUUUUAUCGGCUCAUCAUCGGCACUAAAGGAGGGAGGGGGGAUCCACUUAUUGGCCACCGACUGCGCUUUAAAUCACGCCAGGACGAUUGAGCCCAAGUGCAAUACGAAUGGUUUGGGCAUGGUGCCCACGCCCCAGGUGUGCGUAUCAACCCUGGUCACGGUGAGCACGAUGGCGGUGGUGGACCUCUACCUGCUGGAGCAGAGCAUGCUGGGAGCUCGCGGCAUGUCUGGACCCAGCGUGUGGCAGUACGUGGCGGUUCUGCUGGGCGACGCCUGCUUCCUGCUCGCCCUGCGCUUCGUCUCGGCCGGCGUGGUUUCCGAGGCGCAGUCGUCGCGCCGCGGUUUCGCCAACGCCCUGUGGUUCCUCUUCCUGUCGCUGCUGCAGCUGAAGCUCUUCUUCGUCUGCCACAACUACAGGCAGGAGCGGCGGCCGCCCGACCCACUGGCCCGGAAGACGCUGACGCUGCUGCUGUCCAUCUGCUUGCCCUCCCUGUUCCUCAUCCUCACCGGCGCCGAUCACAUGACUCCUCAGCGCAGGAAGCAGGAAGUGCGGAGCCGGCUCCUGUGGGUCGUCGUCGAUCUCCUGGACGUUCUGGACCUGCAGGCGGGGCUUUGGGAAGCCCAGGGCGGGUCUGGAGGCGUUGUUGAGCAGAGGCUGCCGAUCUGGGCGGAAGGCCUGGUCUUCUUCUACUGCUACGCGCUUUUGCUGCUGCUGCCGUGCGUGGCGCUGACGGAGCUGGGCGCCACCGGGCUGCCCGGGCAGAGGGGCCCCCGUCGGGAGGCUCUGUACCCCUGGCUCAGCUUGGUCACCAUCAACAUCUUCACCCUGGCUCUUCGGGGAGCCGGCAUGCUGUGGUACAGAGACUCCCGCGUGUCGACUGUGUUUCUAGGGAAAAACUUACUGGCUCUGGCCGUGAAGCUGAGCUCAGCCUGGGAGAAACACAAGCAGGAGCGUGGCGCUUCAGGAGCCAGAACCGCGGCUGGAUCGGAACCAGAAGCCACCACCGCGCCGCCUAGCCAGAACUCAGAGCAGGACGAGGGCCAGGCUCAGGGGAAAGCUCCUCCUGCUCACUUCCACACACUAACGCGCUCACAAAGCCACACUCUGUCCCACGUCAGCCUGGAGCCGACGGCGACCCCUCUGGGGCCGUCUUUUAUCUCCCAUGAACUGUAGAGAAUCACGCCCGACAUGCAUGCAUGCAAAUACUGUAUGUACGCACACAGAGAUGUUACAAACCCUCCCGCAGACCGGAGCCGGCGUCGCCUCCCAGCAGAUAACAGCGGCGGCAGAACGGGACGCUGUGGAAAUGCAUUUGGCACGCUCGUCUGUUCGUGCAUCAUCGCGCUGGGAGCAACUUGAAAUGCAUUGUUGUGAUUUGUGGGAUUGCAUUUUUAGAGUCAACACUGUGAGCAGCACUGCCAGACUGUAAAGCGUAUUGUAGAGAUGUUGAAGCCUAGUGAGUUCUCUCUGUUGUAUAAUGGGGGCUUAACUGCCUUACCCUCAGUUUGUUGUCCUCUGUCCUCUUGACAAAUAUAUUUUUAAACUUAUUUCUACUUCUUGUUAAAUAUCCGUUAGUAACAAAGUUGAAUUUUUAUCGUUCUUUGGAGAAAAUCUGUGCUGUGACCUUUCAGAACGCAUUUUCUGUCAUUCCACAUUAGAAAGAUUUAAUACAGAGACGAGGUGAUGCUUCAUUUUUCUUUUCCUUCGGUACCAAAGAGGCGAGAUUGAACAUCUAAAUGAAGAAGAUUCCCACUGUACCCUUCUGCACUGUGGUUUAUUGUUUUAAUGUAAAGUUUAACCCAGGUGAUGUUUUCCCGGUUAGGUAAUUCACAAUUCAUUUGAUGUGAAUCAAAAGUAGAAAGAUUAGUCAGAACAACGGUAACGUAAUGUGCAAUGGGGAAAAUAAGUUUAGAACAUGUUGGUAAAAGUAUUUCUAAUGGGCCUUUGAAAUUCACACAAUUAAUGCAAAGAGUCUAGAAAGAAAUGAAAACGAUUACGUCCAUAAGUUAAGUUAUUUAAAAUAAGAAUAAAACAUAUCAUGCAUGAAGACAAAGAAAACCAAUUUCUUCCCAUCAGUGCAAAUUUAUAUCAACUAGUUCAGCUUUAAUUGAUGCUCUAUUAAAAGGUUUCUCAUUACAGAGUAAAAAGCUCCAUUAAGACCUUAUUGUUGCAAACAUAUAUUUCUAACCUUAUGAAUGUCCCAGUUAGCACUAUUCCAGAUUAUUAUAUAAUCUCUAAGUGUAAACAGCACAUUUUCAUCAUGAUCAAGUAUUAAUACUCUAUUUCUGACAGAGAAGGUGGAGGAAUAAUCAAAAGACGAAUUAAACUGAACAAAGUUUCCAUUUAAACGAUAAAUUCCCUCAACUACAACGGUGUUUAUAGACACUCACAGCACAAGACUCCACUGCUGAAGAAAAAACCUAAUUCGGUCAGAUGGGGUCAAAACCAUUUGAACGUGAGGAAGAAUAUCAACCAAAAACAACACAAACGAAAGGUCGGAGGUGGAAGCAUCAUGAUGUGUGGCUGCUCUUCAGCAUUUUUGGGAACAUAUCGUUUAUCAUUUAUCGAGAGAAAAUUCUUUAAAAAUAUUUUGAUAAAUUUCAGUUAUUGAUGUUAAAUAAAAAAACAAAACUUACAUUAUAGUUGAAAAUGUUAUUUUUUUAUUUUCAACAAACACUAGUAAAUUCAAAACAUGAUCAAAUGCAGCAGCUUAGUGAUGUAAUUUACACUUUUCAGCUUUUCGAAUGUGAACAAUAUCUGUGUUUUUGGCGCCAUGAAUGCUGUUCCAUGCUGUCACAGCCAAUUACUUAAAAAAAUAGUUUUUUAAUCAUAAUCUUUAUUGUUAUUGCGAUAGUACAACAAAAUAUCGCAAUAAAACCUUCAAGUCCAUAUCGUUCACUCCUAGUACAGACUAGUUUCUCUAAAAAAAUAUUAAAUAAAUCUUAAUUUCCCACUUCACUAAUUUUUUGGAUGAACUUGUGCUGGUUCUUUUCUAUAUGUGUGGUUUUACUGGGCUGGUUACUGACAUACUGGUGUGACUUUCAUGUGAAUGGGCCCAUUAGGAACAUAUUUACUGGGAACAGCCUGUGUUCAAUACUUAUUCUCCCCAGUAACUGUGAUCAGGAUGCCUUCUGGGCGCCUCACUUUGAAGAGUUUCUGGAUCCGUCCCACUGGAAGAAAACCUCCAGGCUGACCCAGAAUGCACUGAAGGGAACACAUCUCCCUUCCGGCCCAGAAAUGCUCCAGAACCCCCUAUGGGUUUAUUACCUCCACAGGAAGUGGGAAGGAAUGCUGGAUGGAAGUACAAAGUUUCACUUUUAGUAAUUGUUCCUUAUUUUAGAGGAUCUUAUACCUUCUGGGAUGCAAACUGCAAAACCAAAAGGUUUUAUUUUUGGUCCAGCUUUCUGUGCAAAUAUUUUAUUUUGUUUGAAAUGAGACAAAAGGGUAACGCUUCAUUUGAAGGGGUGUGGAUUAGACUGACAUGUUCACAACAUGUCAGUCUUUUCCACAGCCCUCCUAGUAAAGGGUUACCAACAAAACCAACCUAGAAGUAACUUUUCAGAAAGUAUAGGAGCUUGAUUUAGAGCAAUAAUUCCUUAAUAUUGAUGAAAAUGUACUAGUUUCACCGUCUUUACCUUGUCUUGCUAGAAGUACUAGUACUUUUUCAUAUAUAUUAAAGUAUAAUUUAGGGAUGCAGCGACUGCAGUUUUGUGGCCGAUUGUUGAUUGCCGAUCUUUAAAAAGCCCGAUCUACUGAUUUUGUCCGAUCCUGAUUUUCUCUUGCCUGAAUUGCUGCUAAAUGUAGCAACAAAGUUGCGGAGUUGGUAACAGUGGGGUGACGAUUGUUAACUGUAAAUGUUGAUACAAGACCUGAUGGACCAAAAGAGGACAGUGAUUGAUUUUUAGACCUUUCAAUAUCGGUGAAUAAGAUUGGCUUCAAAUGUAAGUAUUGCCCGAUCAGCGAUCUCCCAAAAUUAAUUAAAACGGGGACGAUUUUUCAGUGCAAACCUAAAGUGGAACUAGUAGUUUGUCAUCAAUGAUGAGCUUUUAUUGACUUAAAACAACCUGCUAUAUUUUUCUGAAGUUUGUUUAAAGUGUACUAAGAUAUUUGCACUAUAAACUAGACCAAAAAGAUUUUGUGUUUUUGCAGUUUGUGGAAAUUUUCAUUUGUUUUUUGUUGUGUAAAUAAGACCAGGAGCAGCUUCUUCAACUUAAAAUACAUCCUGCCAUUUAUUAAAACAAGAACUUUUUAUUUUCUAUACCUAAAUAGAGAACAAGUCUUUAAUCUUGAUGCCACUAAUUUAUUUUGGUCAUGUUGACAAACAUUCAAACACUUCUGAAUGUUGACCUUUAUUUGACCAUUAAGGGAAAAAGUAAAGUAAUUUAAACACAUGAACUGGCCAAAAAGAGGAAAGAAAAAGAAGAAAUCAAUAAAACCUCCAGUUUUGUCGAGCUUCUUGUCACACGACCAGAAGAAAGAGGUGAAAUUAAACACCUUUUACUGAAGGUGUGUGACUGGUUUUCUGCCGAAACUCGGCAUCAAAAUCGCUUCUUUUUAAAGGAUUUGGUCACAUUUUGAUUAAUACAAAACAACAAAUAAAAUAUAAACAUGAUGACACAACAAAAGGAGGUUUGUCAAAUUAUCUGAAAGGUUUCCUUCCUCCAUGAUCAGAACAGACUGAGCGUCGUUUAUCAGUCAGUGAGUGUGACAUCAGAUCUUUGUGUUUGUCCAACAGACCAUUGGGUUCGUUGCUCCAGCUAAAGGGAAGAUUCACUGAAAUCACUUCCUGUUCCUCCUGUCUGGAUAAAACUUUGGAGGAAGCAGGAGUUGUUUGAGUUCAGGGAAAAUCUGAAGCUGCAUCUUUGCUUCUUUGCAUCUUUGCUGUGACUUGCAUACUAAGUCAGAAACCCUGAAGUGAUUUUAGCUCAGUGAGAAGCAAAAGUUUACUUACACAAAAAGACUUUUGUAAAAGCCCUAAAAUGUGGUAUGUUUCUUUAAAAAUCUUAAUGACUGAAUGAUUAUCUUUUCAGAUCUUUCAAAGUUUUGUUUUGACUUUGGCUGCUUUUUCACUUGUUUUUGUCAUUUUAGAUGAAUUAUGCCAGAUUCAUCGGACGGACAGAUUGAUGGUCGGAUGUUGGUUGGUUGUUUUGAUUGAUAGACGGAUGGAUUAAAGGAUGGGUGGACAGACAAUUUGAUGGAUGGAUGGAUGGACAGAUGGAUGGAUGGAUGGAUGGAUGGAUGGAUGGAUGGAUGGAUGGGCAAUAAAACAGAAAACCCUAAAAGUCUGGAAAUCAGAUAUUUAGUUUUUCUGGAAAACUGUCAGGUUUCUCCAGACUGAAAGUGAAAAUGAUUCUUUGUGGGCUGAAAACACGAACCUGAAGGUCAUCAGAUGGAUGAUUCGUCUCUCAGGCCAGAUUUUUCUCUGAUUUCUACAAGACAUUCAGAAACCAUCCAUCUGCUUUGGUUUGUCCAUUUCAGAAGGACAACGUCCUUAAAAACACAAAGUCGGUCAGAAAGCAGCCAAAGUCUAACGAAAACCAUGUAAGACUUCAGAACCACGUUAAAAGAUUACAAGGAAGUCUGGCUCCUCACUUUAAAUCUCUCUCUUUAAAUAGGAAAACUAAGAUGUCAGUAUGAAAGAUGCCGUCUCUCAGUCUGGUUGCACGUCAAGCAGAACCAGAACCACACAAAACGCAGGUAUUUUACUACGCUGUUUACAGAAAUUGAGUAAUCCCUUUACUGUUUUUUUAAAACCACGUUGGAUGUGAUUUGUACUUAUAGCAGAGUCUGUCAGUCAUUUUUAAAAACAAGAAGUAGAAAAAAAAAACCUCUGCUUGUUGGAGCUUCUGAUCUCUUAAGAUGAAAGUUUUGGUUUCAUUUUUUAUUUCAGGAGUGAUGGAGCCUUUCAUCUGUAAACGUAUCGAGACGUUGGGCGUCACAGGGUUGGCAUCUGCUGUACGGUUAAGUGCCUUGUUUCCUCAUGGAGCGACGAGAGGCUCACCGUUCGGUGCACCAUGUGGAACUGGGUCAAAAACUGAGAGCUGGUUUCUGAUGCACGUUCAGGGUGAAAACUAGUAAACGUGUCUCAUAUCCACCGGAUGCUGACACUUCAUUUGGGUUUGUCAGGUGAUGAAUAAAUACUGGUUUUAAAGCUAAAGCUGCGUUACAGAUUUGUUCUGUUUUUGUUAACUAAUCAUUAAAAACUUUGGUAAAUCAUCAA